UUUUGUUACAUUGUUCCAUAAGAGCCCGGGCUAAACGUGGCUUGCGCCGGCAGAGCCAGUCACACUGCUGGGGAGCGCGAGAGAGGCGGCAGCCUUUCUGGGAGUUCCUAGUUGGCUCGCGUUAAUCUGUCCGACCUGAAGCCAGGCCACCGGCCAGGAUCUCUCCCACUAUCCCUGGGUGGUCCCCGUGUUCCAGUCAGAGGGCAGAGGACGUGGGAGGCGCCGUGCUUCAGUCCAGCCUUCUCGGCAGGACCCCGUCAGGCCCGCGUGCGGCCCACCCGUAACCGCCACGUGCUCCAGUCAGCUUACAGCGAAACAGGUGCCCGGAUUCCCCUCGCUGACCAAUGGCGUAUUCCAAACCGCAAGGUAAGCUGGUCAAGGACCUGCCUGCCGCGCUGGAGGGGGAGCCGGUGCUGAUAUUCCGAGGGCCCAAGAUCCGCAAGGGCCAGUGCGUCCAGGUUACCGUGAAGAACAGGCAAGUUAAAUACCUGGUACGUUACCCAAGACGCAGAGAGAAGGACCAGGCCCCGACUGGUGGAGUGACCGAUCCCGACGCACCCCUCCCGGACGUCCCACCGGCCCUAGAGCCCGAGUCCGCCUCGAGUGACCUGAUAGUUAAGGCCAGAAGCCCCAGUAGCAGCUCGAGCAGCAGCAGUCCGAGCUGCAGCCGCCGCCGCCUCGGUAGCAGUAGCAGUAGCAGCAGCACCGGCAGCAGCUGCUGCUGCCAUAGUUGCUGCAGCAGCGCCAGCAGCAGCACCACCAGCAGCAGCCAUGAUGGCGACGGUAGCAAAGAAGGUGACGACUAUGAAGACAGCGGCGGGGUUGGCAGCACCAGCAGCUGCAUCGGCAUUAGCAGCACCGGCACCGGCACCGCCACCGGCACCAGCAGCAGCAGCAUCUGCACAGGCAUAGGCAUCGGCACUGGCACCGACACAGGCACCGUCAUCGGCACUAGCAGCACCACCGACACUGGCACCGACACUGGCACUUACACCGGCACCGGCAUUAGCGGCACUGACACAGGCACCAGCACCGGCACCGGAAGCAGCAGCACCGCCACCGCCACUAGCAGCAGCAGCACCAGCACCGCCACCGGCAACGUCACCGGCACUAGCAGCACCGUCACCGGCACUAGCAGCAGCGGCACCGGCACCAGCAGCAGCAGCACCGGCACCGGCACCGGCACUGGCACCGGCACCAGUGGCAGCGGCAGCGGUAGCAGUGCCGACAGCACCGCCAGCAGCACCAGCAAAUGCAGCAGCUUAGAAGUCGCCAUGCCCCUUUGGAUCCCCAGUGGGAGCACUGGCCGGGGGGUCCCCAGCAGCGGUGCCCUGGAAUCGGGGCCCCUCUCGGUCUUUGUAGUUGAAGAUUGGAAGUACGAAUGGGUCUCCGAGGGCUGCGUGUUUCGCUAUUCUGUUACCCACGUGCAAGAUAGCGACACAGCCCUCCAAAUGGCUGCCAAGAGAGAGCAGUUGGAGGACUGCCCGGGCACCUCCACCGAGAGCAGUGACAAGAGCACUCAAGUCAAAGAUGACAGCACCUGGUGGGGUACGGUGAUGCAGUGGCCCUGCAAGCGCAAAAGAGGGCGGGAGCUGAAACGUGGGCGCCCGGGAGUCAAGGUUGUCGAUCCGGAACAGAAGUACCUGAGCAGAUUGGAGGAAGUCCAAAUUCAACUCCCCAAAGGCCUGAAACCUCUUCUGGUGGAAGAUUGGCUGCUGGUGACCCUCGAGAAAAAGCUCUUCACUCUUCCUGCCAGAAAGAGCGUGGCUUCCAUUUUGAUGGAGUAUACCACCUUCCAGCAGAAUUAUGGCACCUCCUCCAAGAAGCGUACCGUCAACGAAUUGAUGGCUGGCCUCCAAAACUAUUUCGACGUGAUGCUGGUCAACCAACUACUCUACGAAUUUGAAAAACCCCAGUACGCCGACCUCAUGGCCAGCUAUCCCACCUUGAUGUUGUCCCAGAUCUACGGGGGUGCCCACCUGUUGCGCCUCUUCCCGCAGAUGGGCCCGAUGCUGGCCUGCACCCCCCUGAGCGAGAGCAGCCUCUACGUUCUUCAGAACCACUUGCAAGAUUUCCUGCAGUAUUUGGCUCUGGAGCCUUCCCGGCUGUUUUCUGCUUCUACCGAUUACCAGGAGGCUACUGCUGAGUACCAGAAAAGAGUCGGAUAAAAUGGAAAAUAUCUACUACAUGCAGCUUAUAGCCCAAAAAGAAGCCUACAAUAAAUGAAAACGUGGUUCCGUUCA